GGUUACCUGCGACCCAGGACCGCCGCUCAGGACCACCGUUCUAGGGGUGGUGGACGUGGGCGGCUCCGGCAUGAGUUCGGGGGCCGCUCCGCGACUGCGGGCGCUGCAGCGACACCUGGGCUCCUCAGAGGGCAGAGGCAUGGAGCUGGUCAGCAGCCCGCUGACCACGCAUGUGCUGGACACGGCCUCAGGGCUCCCAGCCCAGGGCCUCUGCCUCCGUCUGUCCAGGCUCGAGGACCAUGGCCAGCAGUGGACGGAGCUGAGAAAAAGCUACACCGACUCGGAUGGCCGCUGCCCGGGGCUCCUGCCACCAGGCCCGAUGAAGGCAGGCACCUACAAGCUGUCCUUUGACACUGAGGGCUACUGGAAGAAGAGGGGGCAGGAGAGCUUCUACCCGUAUGUGGAGGUCGUUUUCACCAUCACCAACGAGACCCACAGGUUCCAUGUGCCCCUGCUGCUGAGCCCGUGGUCCUACACCACGUAUCGAGGAAGCUAGUGGCUGAGCCAUCGCCUCCUCCGGACAACUGCUGGCCUGUGAGCAUCAAUCCCAUCCCCACAGCUCACUGGGACACCUCAACAGAGGGCACCAGUUCACACUCCCUGCGGGAGAUUCUGGCCCCCCAAUUUCCAGUAGCCGCUGAGUCUCAGGCGUCAAUAAAGUCAGUGAUGGCAUCUGCAA